GUCGAGUUGGUUCGUUGCUGUCGGUCAUCGGUGUCGCGUGGUUACCGGCGUGUGAUUCUUGUUUUUUUGCCUCUGGUUUGGUUCCUACUUUUAGUUGUACUGAUUUAGAACAAAAAGGGUUACGUUUGGAUUCAUAUGCAGAACGAUUUGGUGGUUAUCGGAGGUGUCGUCUGGGACCAGCUGAGUUGUGCAAAAGAGUCCAGUUUCCCUGGAGUGAUCGAAUGGAAUUCGCGCAUUGUGUUUUAUUGAAACGGCUGAGCUUCGUUGUUUCUGUUGUUGCGUCUUCGCCAAGUUAUUGACGGAUGAGUCAAAUUAAACAAUACGGCGCAGCUCCGGUGGUGUCUCUCCUGUUUAGCGAGUUUUGAACAGCUCAUCAUUCUGUAUCGAACGGUGUGUAUGUGUUUUUGGUGAAGUCCAUACCAACGAAAGUAAUCAGUUUCUGCGAAUACAAACCAACCGAUGCUACUGUUUCGAGGGUUGUGUUAUGGCACCAGUAAUUAAAAUCAUCUUCCGUGCGAUGUGCGAUCCAGCAGUGCGAUGGUUUCCCUCUUAAGAAAUGCUAAUAAUAAAGCCUGGCCGCUACACAAAUAGUUGAUUCCUUGAGAAGAUCUAAGUACCGCAAAGAUAGACUAGAGCAAGUGAGAGAAGAAACAAAAUGCAUACGUGAAAUAGCUGCAGAUACAAUGUGAUUAUUGGAAGUGGAGCUAAGAGAAGAAAAAAUAAAUAGUUAUUAUCUGGAAGGAAAUAUUCGGAUAAAAUUGAUCAAUUUGUGGUGUAUGUAAGUGUCUGUGGAAGACUACUCGCGAGCUUGGGUGAUUCAUAUGUUGAUUAGAAACCUGCCGGUGACUAGAGAAACGGCGAUUUGAUACAUCAUCAGCGAAUGGAGCCUUUUGAAUAUUCAAAACUGCGGCGAGCGACGGAAAGUGAUGGUGAAUAUAGAAAAUGCUUUGCAUUGCUAAAAAUAUCUGUGGAUUGAUGUCGGCUGAUGAUUUGUUGUUGUUUUGUGCUAUACCCAACUAUUUACCAUACAUUAACAAGGACUUUUUCCACGUCUCGGAUCUCAUCUAGACGUUCAAGGCCCAAGAACCAGACUUUAAGGAAGCUUCGCGGAACGCGGUACGUGAAAAUUGCUACGGGAGUCCAGCCAAGACCGAGAGUAGGCCAUAUUUUUUGCUCUGCGCACGCAAAGAAGCUGUUGAGCCUAAAUCUGCCACCGGCGGCAGCGGAGAGCAGUCCAUUUGGGGCGGGAGAGGCCACUUUCAAAUGGAGCAAGGCGCAGCCAGCAGUUAAAUUUACGAGCAUGAAUUUUGUUCAACCCGGCACCCGGUAUCAGCGAACUUCGAGAUUGUGUGUCUACACGGCAACAGACUGAGAAUCGCCAAUAGUGGCAGCUCUUCAGUCGAAACUCAAAUUAGCACCAACAACAGCGGUCGGAAAGAUGAGGUGGUUCAAACGAUCCACCGAGUCUCCGAAAUUACUCAGCUUGUCACCCCUGCGACAAUCGGAGCUGGGUGGUUCACACAACGAGGGUCAGGACCAUUCCGAUGAGUCUACACACGAGCAUCGAGUCGGCCCGCCAGGUAUAUCAGCGAUUCCAGGGCUGGUUGUGGAUCCUUUUGUGGCUGCAGCAACAGCAGCUACAGCAUGUUCCAGUUCGUCCGGAUCGGCAUCCUAUGCCACUAGCUCUCCUUCAGUUAUCCCGUCACCUUCCACGUCGGCUACCUUUUCCUACACGAGUGAUAGCAGCGUGCUGAGUAGUAGUGCCAAGCCUCACAAGGCCACAAACGGAAAUAUGGGGUUUACGCCUAGGAAAUCCCGGAUAGAUUUAUCGCCCGUGAACUGGUCCAAAAAGUCACCCAUCAACUGCUACAACAUCGAGGAGGGACGUGUAGUGGAACGACCCAAAGGUCGCUACAUAUCACCGAUUCGGCUGAAGAACAAGCAUCACGCCCAGGCGGGCAGUGGUGGAUCUGGAGCGACUACCCCGGUCAGCAAAAGAAUUCUUCAACGCGAUAAGGCCUCCGCCGAUGGUGAUUCUUCGUACGAGGGCACCCUGAUACGCAGUUUGAGCAAAUCCAUUGGCAAUAUAAGUGCGUCAGUGAACGACAAGAGUCCAUCGUUGAGUCACCGGUCAGUUGUUUAUCGGGACAAGGAGAAAAAGAAUCCUCUGGCCAACACGCGACUAUCGUGCUAUCAGACGAUCAACUUCGAGACGAACGAGAUCGCGAAUAAAAAACAGCUGUACAAGUCUGUUGACGAUUUAAUCUUUCUCAAUGGGGACACGAACGGUUGCGAAAGUGACUUUUCCGGCGUCGAUAGUGCGGUAAACAAAGAGCGAGCUGCGCUGGACGGCGCCAGCCAGCACGAUUCCAGCGCAGCCACGGACGACCAGCUAAACCAAAGUCUUAUCACUACUAGUAGCGUUAGUAAUAAUUGUACCAGCAGUCGCACAACAACCACAGAACAAUAUUUAUCAGCAACCACAGCCGAUGAACCAAAGAGCGAACGAUCGAACAUGGCCGAUAACGUUGCUGAUCACGACGAAACGUACGGUUUCGCCCAGAUGAAGGAGAACUGCAUCGAGAACAUGUAUCGGCUCAAACUGGAGGCCCUCAAAGAUGAGGAAAAAUUCUUCAAAACCAGCAACGGGCUCAAAACGCCCCAGAAAAAGAAGGACAAUUUUACCAACAAAAUCAAAGCAAUGUCCGAUCGAACACAAAAGCUGUUUUCCAAAAUCUACUCGAAUUCUUCGUACAAAGCCAACAGCACGGGUGAAAGUGCUUUCCAUUCCGGCUCGAAAUCUCUUAAAAAGAGUAAUUCCAAAGUAACCAACAACCGUCGAAGUAUGAGCUAUGGAGCUCUUCCCGGACUGGCAGAUUUCCAGAAAAAUCAGGACAAAAACCAACAGCAAGAGCAGUGCCAACAAAUUGAACCAAUCCAAGAUGAAGAUUUAUCAGGAACGGUGAUCCAUCUGACACCCCAAAAUCAUAAUCGGCUGGACGCUGAAGAUUGUGAUUCUGGCAUCAUGGUGUACGAAUCAGGUGCCUCAUCUAUUCUCGAAACAGAAGACGUCUUCCUGCCAAACAUUCCCUCGAAAGUGAUGAAUAACUGCGCGGACAACACGGAGUUUAAGCUGGUGACGAUCAAGCUGGAUAACAGCGAUGAGGAAACGGAUAAUUUAGGCAUUAUCGUUAGCCAUAUGACCAGCAAAGGAGCGGAUGUCAACAAUCGAUACAAGGUGACACACGUGCUGCCAGGUGGUUUGGUGUACACCGAAGGGACCAUUCAACCGAACGAUGAAAUUGUUAACAUCCUGGGCAAACGAUUGCGGGGACUAUCGAUGCGUCAGGUUCAAGAUUUGCUGAACAGUUGCACCCGCCGCGGCGGUGGACGCACAAGCAUUGAUCUUGUCAUUUGUAGGAGUAAGGUAAAUGAUAGUGAUCUGUUAUAUGACGAGUCGGUCAGCCAGCAGGAACCACCGGUGAAUCGACGAUUGUUCCGGAACAAUCGCAUGAUUUCACUCGAUUCAUAUCUGGACGAGGAGGAGAAGCAUCAGCACCAGCAGUUCGCUGGCGACGAAGAGCAACAGCAUAGUGAUUCGAGCUCCGAUCAGGACAACUACGCCUCGAGGGCUAUCAAGAUCGACGGUAACAAGUACAACACGCUCGGAACGCCACGCCGCCAGAAGAAUCUCUUGGUGGCUGGUGGCAAACGACAACAGUCUCCUCCUCCCAGUGACAUGCCCAGCAUCGAGGUAGAUUCCCAGCCAGCAUCGCUGGAUUGCGUCAAGCGACGAUCGUUCACCAAAAAUGCCGCCAAUACGGCGGCGAACAACACUUCAAAGCUAGUCCGUCGAUCGUUGGUCGGUAAGCAGUCCUCACCGGGACACCACGCGGACCCAAACGUCACCAAGAGUACACUGAAUUUGUGCGACGAUGAAAAGUUGGAGCUCAGUGGAACCUCGGACGAUGCGGAAACAAGCAGUGGGACGAGCUCGCUGGAGAUGGACAAAACCAUGACCAAUUUCUGCACCCUCCCGCGACGACCCAAAAGUUCGCUGUGCUCGUUCCAUACGGUUGCGUUCGAGAAGGGACCCGGUAAGAAGUCCCUAGGUUUUACGAUAGUUGGUGGAAGAGAUAGUCCACGUGGAGCGUUAGGGAUUUUCAUCAAGAGCAUCCUUCCGUCCGGCCAGGCCGCCGAAGAUGGCCGAUUGAGGGCCGGAGACGAGGUUCUAGCAGUGAACGGCCAAGUUUGCCACGAUUUGACCCACCUGGAAGCGGUGAAGAUGUUCAAAAGUAUCAAAUCAGGAGAAAUCGUUCUUCAACUGUGCAGGAGGAGUAAACCGCACAGAGAGGGGGACGAUGCAAAGUGUUAAUUUUUUAUCUGUAUUUUUCAAUUAUUCUUUGUUUUAGAAGGCUGUGUAGAUUUUUUUAAGGAUGGUAUAUUUCAGUGCAAUUCGCCGCGAAGGAGCGUGUUAUAAAAUUCUAGAUUGAACUACUUUUCCAAGAGACUUAUUAGAUUAGAACCCGGGCUGCAUCGUGUAAAAAAAGUUGUAUGUUGUCUAGCACUCAAAGAUGUCGUCUUUAAGAAUACAUUUAAUUGAAACGCUCUGUCUGUAGCUGUUUUUCGGUGAGAUCUUUACGUGGUAAUUUAAAUGUAAUUCAUGUAAGGCAACAGCUAAGCACGCGACAAAAUAUAUAAAUACCUAUCAUCAUGA